AUGUUUUUAAUUGCUUUCUUUGCACUUCUUUCAUUCUCCUUUGCAAGAUUUAUUGUUAGUAAUGACACUUCGAUUAAAUUCUUUGCAAUUGAAGAGAACGAAUGUUAUCAAGGUGAAGAUGGAAUUUUCAGAUUGGUGUUAUCUGAAGACUUUAAAACAGUUUAUGUAUUAAAAGGGAGACGUUGUGACGAACUUACAAUGCAAACAACUUACACUUAUGGAUUUGCUGUUACAGAUAAAAUCCCACCAUACUUUGUUAAACAACAAAUGUUGUUCACUUCAAGGUCAUGUAAGAGCAACCCAGAGGCAAGAGACGAUGCUUGGUACUAUCCAUAUGGGUGCCUCAACUUUAGAACUUUUUCGUUGAAUAUUUCUGAGACUGAAAAUGGGUUCCAACAGGCAAGAUUCCAAAAUAACAAUUGUGUUGGGGAUCCAGUCAAAGUCGAUAAGUACGAUUACUUCACUUGCUACAUGAGAAACUUGACUUCUUCAGAGCAAUAUAUUCCGACCGAUCUUUAA